AUGAUUCCACAUUCUUGGCUGAAAAACUUGCGCGACGAGUCGCUGGCGGCGGGGGCUCGAAACACACCACGGCCAACGAAGCGGCCACGUCGUGUAAAUAACCGUCGGGCCCGCGCUAAGUGUCACCCGGCCUUUAUGGCGGCGCCAAGGCGCAUGCCGGUGCGCGCGGAUCGAGUGGGCGACCACGCCAUCUGUCGCGAAACACCAGCAUCGCUCGUCCACACGGGCGCGCUCCAGUAUAGAGCUAUU